GUUGGGCGACAUACAUGCUGUCCCAGUCUCUGGUCCCAACACAAUUGCUCGCCGCACCUGACCACAGACCACCGUGAUGCUAAGAGACGGACAUUAAUGUAAAUGGCUGGCAAGGACGGGCUUGUUUUGUGGUAUCAUAUUUAAUAAAGUAUAGUUUGAGCUAAAUUCACAAAAAAUCUAAUUAGGCUUGACCUUAUUUCUAGCCAUCUAUAUAAGAGGAAAUACGGUAAUCCCAUUUUCCUCUAACUUUCUGCUUCCUCUAAACCAUGGCCGAUGCCGUAAUGUCAGAGGAACAGAAAUUUUCUUUGAAAGAAGUGCUUGACACUUUUCAGUCAUGUCUCACAGAAAAUAAGGAGGUGAAAAUCGAUCAAUAUGUGGCUGGAUGGCGCGGACUUGUGAGGUUUAUGAACAGCCUGGGGAGCGUCUUUUCCUUCAUAUCCAAGGACGCGGUCAGCAAGAUCCAGAUCAUGGUGAACCACCGCAAUGGGGAAAACGGAGCCCAGUACACCACCAUCCAGUCCAUGGUGAAGUACGAGCUCGACAACGGCCUCGUGGACCUCACCAAGCGGGGCAGUUUCCCGGAGUCGGGCUGCCGAACGCUGUUGAGACUGCACCGGGCCCUGCGCUGGCUGGAGCUCUUCCUGGAGCGCCUGCGCACCAGCACGGAAGAUGGCAAGACCUCUGUCAUGUGCUCGGAGGCCUACAACGAGUCUCUCGCCCAGUUCCACCCCUGGAUCAUCCGCAAGGCCUCCGGCGUGGCCUUCUGCGCCCUUCCCGGGCGCCCCACUUUCUUUGAGGUCAUGAACGUGGGCCCCCCGGAGCAGGUUGUAGCCAUGUUGGGAGAUGCUUUGCCCCUCAUCUCUGAGGUGUACCAGUUGACACAGGACCUGUAUUCCCAACACAAUCUUCUAGAUAUACCGUAGAGGUGUGACUGUAAAUUACCUAUGCAUGUAUCAGCUUUAUCUUUCAGAAUACAUUUUAAUCCUACUGAUGUAGGCCACACCACGUUAAAUGUGGUGUGUGUACAGAUUAUAUCAUAAACCUUGUGUAAUUUUAUUGUUGUUUUCUAUGAAGUCAUUCUCACUGGACUUAGGUACCUAGUUAACAUGAGUCACUAGCCAGCCUAUGAUGACUGAUUGUUUUGUUUUGCUGCUGGUCUAAGAAGGCUGUAGAUGCAGAUGAUGGUCUUUUACUGAAAGCCUCUGGUGCAGACUGAAAUUAAGUGCAGUGUAUGUUGCCCUUAGCUUUCAGUUACACAUUUAAGGAAAUGUUUCUUUUGAUUUUCAUGCAUUUAUUUCAAUGACCACCUACACUAUGACCAAAAGUAUAUGGACACACUUGGUCUUCGGCUGUUUUUCAUGGUUUGGAAUAGGCCCCUUGGUUCCAGUGAUGGAAAAUCUUAAUACAAUGCCAUUAUAGGUGAUUUGGUGCUUGCAAUUCAGAUUGAACUGCAAGUCAGGCCUAAUUAUAGCAGCAAAGGGUGGACCAACUCCAUAUUAAUGCCCAUAAUUUUGAAUGAGAUGUUGGAUGUCAGGAAUCCACAUACUUUUGGCCAUGUAGUGUAGCUCUUACUUUUAUGUCAGAAAGGGGAAAAUGAAAGGUUAAGGUCAAAUGGUGUCAGGACCUUAGUCUUUCUACAAUUAUAUUUUUUAAAUUACAAUUAUCAGUUUAUUUGGGGUUUAAUUACAAAUCGAUCUCUUUUGUUUAACGUUUUUUGACAGUGUUCCUCAACUUGCAUUAUGGUUCUGCACAUGGUGUCACAGCAGGAGGCUGUGCCAUGCUGAAGACUUAGAGCAGCUGCCAUUUGCAUCCAGGACAUUUAUGUAUAGAAUACAAAUAAUUAUCGACUAGCAAGCAAGUGUACUGAGAGUUUACUGGUUUACUUUAAGGCUUGCUAUUUUCAUGCUAGCUUGCACUGAGGUUUAAAAUACAAAACCUUAUAUUGGACAUACAAAAUAAUCUGCUAACAUGCUGCUUGGUCCUUUCUUUAUGCUUACAUCCCUGUCAUGCACUGCAUAAAAUAAACAUCUGCAUUCUUGUCAAAGCACAAUCAAUUCCUAAACUUCUGCUGACAUGUGUUCGUUCAACAACAUAACGCUACAGCCAUGGCACAAGACAGUCAUUUUGUCUUACCGUCGCUAAUGUUCUAAUACCUACUGCUAGCUUCUCAUUCACAAAUGUGUUACUUCAGCUUAGACUAUGAACGAUUAUACAGUGUAGGCAGUAAGGCUCAUAAUGCAUUGGCUUGCUUGUGUGGCAGAACCAAACAUGACCAAUACAGGAAAGAGAAGUUCUACCUUGCUAGUACUGGGGUAUCUGAUAAACCUGACUUUGUUAAAGUUGGGGACAACAAAUUGUGAACCAUUGUGUCCAUUCUUGUUGCUUCCAAGCUUGCAAAGGGAACAUCUGGGAACGUAAAGGAAUUUUUUUUAAAAAUGUGUUAAUAUUGUUUGCGCAUCACUUUGUGUUACAAUUGUUGUCCAUAUAUAUAGCCCUAUAGCAUCCUCUGACAGGAAGCUUUUUUUUUUUCCCAAUUCAGUUUAGGUUUGUUAUAAAAGGUUCACCUUUCUUUGAGCAAACCCAGUACAGAUGCCGAAUAUUUAGGAAAAAUCGUUUCUAAAACUCCAGGUACAGAACACUGUUUAAGUGAAUGGGGAAUGCCUCCCACAGACACCUUGCUGUAUAGUUUGCAGGGACACCUGCUGUAGCAUCAGUUCAGACCCUUAAUACUUGAGUCAAGGAUGUUAUGUUUUAAGUAACUGUGUCACAGGUUCUGACCUGCCAUUUACGUAAGGGAAUUAUGUAAUUGUACAAGUAUGCAUAAUUUUGUAACAAAAUCCAAAAUCAAGUGUAACUGAAAAUAUGCUGCUCAAUUCACAUCAAUUGAACAUAUUAACUUUUUAAAAAAGCUAUUAAUAUACAUUUUUUUUUUUUUUACUGUAGGCAAUUUUUUUUUGUGCUUUAGUGGUAUUUUGAGCGAAGUUUUGGGCUGCAAAGAAACUGACAUGAUCUCAUUGACCAAGUCGUGCUGUUCAGCUGACAUCCACAAGAGGUCUAUAUACAUUAAUGAAUAAAAAAAAUUAAAGUGUUA